UAAUAGAAAAAAUCUUGAAGGAAGUCAACCGGCUUGUCCGGUCACCUCCAUAUUCUUUCAAUUUUCUGCUAUACUUCAAUUUUUCUCACUCUCUUUCACUUCACCGAUCACAAUUUCAAUUUGCUUCAUUGAUUUUUAGAUAUGAAGGGGGCUAAAGGUAAAGGAGCAGCAAAGAGGGAUGCUUUGAAGCCGAUUGAUGAUAAAAAGGUAGGGAAGAGAAAGGCACCUGCUAAGGCUGUUGGCAAAGGCAAGGCCAAGGGUGGGAAAGCAGCAAAAGAUCCUAACAAGCCAAAGAGACCUCCCAGUGCUUUCUUUGUCUUCCUUGAGGAGUUCAGGAAGACUUUCAAGAAAGAAAAUCCAACUGUGAAAGCCGUUUCAGCUGUUGGAAAAGCUGGUGGAGAGAAGUGGAAAUCCUUGACUCCAGAUGAAAAAGCACCAUACGAAGCCAAAGCAGCAAAAAGGAAGAGUGACUAUGAGAAAGUAAUGAGUGCUUACAACAAGAAACAGGAAAGCAUGGCUGAAGAUGAUGAUGAAUCUGAUAAGUCGAAGUCUGAAGUAGACGAGGAAAGUGGACAGGAUGGCGGCGAUGACGAAGAAGAUGAGGAGGAUGACGACGAUGAAGAUGAUGAUUGAAGUCAGAGUUUUUCACGGGCAAUAUCUGUCUAAUUCAGACCAUCUUUGCCAAAACUUGGAUGUUUAUAUUUCAUAGUUUUACUUGAUUAUGCUCUUGCUUGUGUACGUGGCCGGAGUUGCAUUUUCUCUUCAGUUCUUGCAGCAAUAGUUUAGGUUUACAUAAUGACCUUACUUAUGUACCGUAUGAUUUCAUUUAGUUUGAAUUAAAGUGUUGAUUUUACCUUGUGUGAA